AUGGCGCCGCCGACGAGGAAUGGCUCCUUGGAACACCCCACCCGGACGUCCUCCCAGGGGAGCAACAAGGCCGGGCGGACGGCGAGGAUGGCGGAGUCGCCCACCGGCCUCAGCCCCAAGGUCGACCGCCGCACGGCGGUGAGCGCCGAGAGAGAGAAAAGGAGGCCACUGACGACGAAGCUGUCAGAGCUGGAGUCCCAGCUGUCGCAGCUGCAAGACGAGCUCAAGAAGGCCAAGGAGCAGCUCCAUUCCUCCGAGCUCUUCAGGAAGCGGGCCCUGCAGGAGGCCGACGACGCCAAGGCGCAGGCCGCCGCGGCGUCCGCGCAGGCGCGCGACUCCGAGGUGCAGCUCGCCGAGCUCUCGUCGGCCGAGGAGGCGCGCCUCCUGGAGCUGCGUCGCCUGUCUCAGGAGCGCGACCGCUCGUGGCAGUCGGAGCUGGAGGCCAUGCAGAAGCAGCACGCCGCGGACUCGACCGCGCUGGCGGCGGCGAUGGGCGAGGUGCACCGCCUCCGCGUCCAGCUCGCCGCCGCGGCGCGCGCCGAUCGCCGGCAGGACGUGGUGGAGGCGCUGGCCACCAUCGACGAGCUCAGGGUGAAGCUCAAGGCGAGCGAGGAGGCCGAGGCGCAGGCGCGCGCCAUGCACGAGGAGUGCAAGCAGCAGCUGGAGGCGAGCCGGGCCACCAUCGAUUCGCUGCUCACCGACGGGUCCAAGCUGAUGGACUCGUUCAGCCUCGUGGUGAAGGAGCUCGAGGAGUCGCGUGCCAAGGUCAAGGCUCUCGAGGACGAGAUCGCGGAGACGUCGUCGAAGGCCGCAAGCGACCGCUGCAACUGCUCGGGCUCGGAGUCGGAGGCCGCCGAGCUGAGGGCGGAGCUGGAGGCCGCGGAGGCCAGGUACCAAGAAGAGAAGAUCCUUAGCACCGUCGAGACGCAGUGCGCGUACGAGCUCAUGGACCAGAUAAAGACAGAGUCCGACCUGCGGCACGGCAAGCUCGCGGCGGCGCUCGAGGGCGCUAAGUCCGAGGUCAUCUUCCUUAAGGCGAGCCUGUUCGACAAGGAAUCCGAGCUACGGAGCGCGCUGGACGCGAACAAGAAGCUACAAGCGGAGACGAGAACAGACAGCUCGGCCGACGCGCUGAAGAAGCAGCUGCAGGGCGCGCUGCACGAGAACGGGCAGCUGAAGCAGGAGCUGCGUCAGUACGAGUCCGAGAAGGGCUCCGCAACCGCGAGGACGGCGGAGGCCGACGCGGCGGAGGCGGCGAAGAAGGGCGAGAUGGAAACCGAGCUGCGUCGCCUGCGGGUGCAGGCCGAGCAGUGGCGGAAGGCCGCGGAGACAGCCAUGGCGCUGCUGACGGUUGGCAAGGGCGGGAACGGCAAGGUCGUGGAGCGGAGCGAGUUGUGGGAGGGCGGCAAGUACGCGGGCCUCUGCGAGGAAUUGGACGACGACGCGGCCGCCAGGAAGAACGGCAACGUACUCAGGAGGAUCAGCGGCAUGUGGAAGAAAUGA